AUGAUGGUGUCCAAUGUCACUGAAAUAACGUUUUGGGCUAUAGAUGGGCCAUCAGUACUUACAGGCUCCAGCACCAGCAACAUAAGACGUAUCAACCACAUUGCAAAAGAAGACACAUCUAGGUUUUCUCAAAAUCUAACUAUGGGUUCUGUGAACUUUAAUGAUGAAACACGGUCUGUAAUUAGUGAUGUUGGAGAUAUUGGCAAUGUAGACUUUGCAAAUGAUGGAUCUUUCUAUAAUUACGACCAAGGAACCGAGGGUCCAAUCAUCAUCUCUGCUCCAUUUCCUUUAGUGGAAGGAAAGCCUCAAUUUGUAGCUGUAAAUGAAAGGAUCUUCAAUCCAGUCACUAUCAGGAACACAACCACCGAAGCAGUAACUCUAUGGUCAGUUGAGAUAUACGACUCUAAGCCAAAAGACUGUUUUACCCUCUCGGUGAUGGAACCCCCCUCACCCGAUUCAGAUGACCAAUCGUUUGUAGAGUCAUUUUCAUUGGAAGAUAGGACUUUGCUACCUGGCAAAACUUUGACCAUUUGGCUAUCAUGUAAACCAGUGAGCAAAGGUCUGCACACAACUGCUGUUCACUUCAAUGUGGAUGAUGAUAGGAUCGAAAGGAUGGGUUUUAUAAUGGCUGAAGAUAAGAUCUCGCGUUCAUUAACUUCCAACAAGCCGUAUAAUAGACCAAGGAGAAAUAAGCCAUUACUUCCCAAAUUAUAUACCCCUGGAGGAGAUAAUGCAGGGGUUAAAGUUAUUAGGACCUCUCGUCCUGCUAAGGCUACUGGCCGAUCUUACAGAUAUAAGCUUUCUGAAUAUGUGAUUCCUAAGAAUAUUAGGGAUAUGAUUGAAAGUAAAACCACUCCUGAUGCGUUAAUGGAAGGUUUAUCCAGAAAAAAUUAUGUUGCCUUCUUUAAAACGCUGAUUAUUAUGGAGGAAAUGAAAUUGGAGGAUGACAUGAGAAUGUAUGACAUGCAAAAUGUGACUCUGAGAAGAAAAUACAGGUUCCUUGCUUUAGAAGUCCCGGGUCUUGCUGAGAGAAGACCAUCGCUUGUUCAGGGAGAUUUCAUUAUUGCAAAGCCUUCAUCCCAAAAUGAAGACAAUGCAUUUCCUCUGUAUAGGGGGCACAUCUUACGUGUGGAGGCAGAAGAAGUUCACCUAUCGUUUCACGACGAUCUCCACUCUUACCAUUCGGAAGGUGACCGUUACGACGUACAAUUCGAAUACAACAGAUUAGGCAUGCGAAGAUUAUACCAAGCCAUAGAAGCCGCUGGAAAGCUUGAUUCCGACCUUCUCUUUCCGGAGUUUGCCUCGAAUCAAAGAUCCAUAGAAACCCGCCGAUUAACUCCAAUAUCAUGUAGCCUCAACGAAGAACAAACAAGAUCAGUUGAAAUGAUCAUCGGUUGCCGUGGCGGCCCCCCCUAUAUCAUCCACGGGCCCCCCGGAACCGGCAAAUCCGUCACUCUAACCGAAGCCAUUCUUCAGCUUUACAAAAACCGAAGAAACACACAGAUUCUUGUUUGUGCUCCUUCCAAUAACGCUGCGGAUCAUAUAUUAGAUCGCAUAGUUAAAGAAAAUGGAGUUGAGAUUCGAAAAGGCGAUCUACUUCGGCUUAAUGCACAAGCUCGGUCAUUAGAUGAUAUCAAACCCGAUUAUCUCCAGUUUUGCUCUUAUGAUGAUGAAGAGAUGAUCUUCAGUUGUCCGACAUUCGAAAAUCUUGUGAGAUAUCGGAUUAUAAUAUCCACUUACACAAGCGCGUCUCUUCUUUACGCGGAAGGUCUCCAAAUGGGCCAUUUCUCGCACAUCUUUUUGGACGAGGCGGCCCAAGCAUCCGAGCCGGAAUCCAUGAUUCCGAUUUCACAUUUUUACAAACGGGACACCGUAAUUGUUCUUGCCGGGGACCCGGUGCAGCUGGGGCCUGUGAUUUUUUCUAAAGAUGCUGAAAAUUACGGGUUAGGGAGAUCGUAUAUGGAGAGGCUCUGUGAAUCGAAGUUUUACAAGAAUGGCAAUCAGAAUUACGUGACGAAGCUGGUCCGGAAUUACCGAUGCCACCUGGAGAUUCUAUCGCUUCCUUCGGAAUUGUUUUAUCAGUCGGAGUUAAUCUCGUGUAAAGAAGCGGAUACUUUGUACCCUUUGAGUUGGAAGGAUUUUCUCCCGAAACCGGAAUUCCCAGUGGUUUUUAAGGGUGUUCAAGGGGUUGAUGAGCGGGAAGGGAAUAACCCAUCUUGGUUUAAUCGGAUUGAGGCUAGUGAGGUAGUUGAGGUUAUAAUGGAUUUGAUUGAGAGGGGGGUGAGGGGACAUGAUAUUGGGGUUAUAACACCGUAUAGACAACAAGUGAUUAAGAUAAGUAAGGCACUUGAAACUUUUGUGGGGUCCGAGAUUAAGGUUGGGACAGUCGAGUCGUUUCAAGGGCAGGAACGUGAAAUUAUCAUUAUUUCUACUGUUCGAUCCACUAUCAAACACAAUGAGACCGAUAAGAGACAUUGUUUGGGGUUUUUAAGUAAUCCCAGAAGGUUUAAUGUUGCCAUUACUAGAGCAAGAUCCUUGUUGAUUGCUAUUGGGAAUCCACAUAUAAUCUGCAAGGAUGAACAUUGGAAUAAGCUCCUAUGGCAUUGUGCUGAUAACGAUUCUUAUAAAGGCUGCUUUCUUCCUGAAAAGGAAGAUAACGUCGUUGAUCUGGGAAGUGAAACACAGCAAGACAACAACACUAGUUACAAUUGGGAUGGGGAUGGUGGAGACCAAACAAAUUUCAAUGGCGGAGAUGAUAAUUGGGGAGAAUACCAUCCUCAGCCACCUGCUGGAGAUAAUAAUUGGGAAGACUACUCGACUCGGAUUCCCGAUGGUUGGGGUGGAGCUGAUAACUGGGGGGAUGGAGUGCCAGGAGCUGAUAAUUGGGGUGAAAACCCUACCUGGGGGGAACACCAACACCCUGCUGCUGUUGCUGAUAAUUGGGGUCAAGACUCCCCUGAGAUUGCUGCCGAAGCUGAUAAUUGGGGGGAAGGCUCGCCUCUCCCUGUCCCUGGUAAUUGUGGAAAGGUUUAGAAAGUAUGUGCUGUGAAUUUGAGUCUGGUCAUGAGUUUAGUGGUUGUUGCUUUGUUUUGUUUUUAAAUCAGUUAAUGAAUUUUUGAGACCCAAUUGUUAAUAAUAGGGGUUUCACAUCGCAUCGCAUCGUCUUUUAUUUAUUACAUAUUGUAUGCUUUAGGUUUAACAUUUGAAUUCCAAGGACACGAU